AUGCCCUACGUCGACCUGCCGUCGCGCAACUUGCGCCAGUACUAUGUCAUCAAUCCCGACUACAGCGCCGACAUGAGCAUGAGCAUCAAGACGCCUCCGCCGCCCUCUCGCGACUCUCUCGAUCCUGACAAGCCCAUCCUUGUCUUGACGCAUGCUGGCACCUCAUCCUCCAAUUCGUUCAUCCACCAGUUCCGGGAUCCUCGGCUUUCAAACGCACUCAACCUCGUCUGCUUCGACUCGCGAUACUAUGGGCGGACAGAAGGUCCACGAUUGGACCACUUCCAGGAUCUCGAGGAACGGGCGGACGAGUUGCUGGAUGCGAUUGAUGCGGUCGUAGGGGACAGGCCGUUCUCAUACCUCGGCGAGAGCUUUGUUGGCUCUCAUUGCGGCGCUUACAUCGCGGCGAAGCGGCCUCAGCAAGUCAAGGCUGUAAUUUUGAUUUCUCCGUCAUGGACUACCGACCCGCCCGAAAUGAUCGACAUCCUCGAGCGCGAAUGGGCUCCACUCGCAUCUGCAAACAAGUUCGGAAAGGGUGACGGCACAGGACGGAUACCAGACGAGGCGAUGGCUAUCGCGAGGGACUACUUCUUCAGCGGCUCGAACCUUGUUCCAGAUCGACAAGAAGGUUUCUUGCGGCAGUACCAAGAGACUCACGGCCCAGGCGAAGACCUGUUCAAGCUCCACCAGCUCAUGCACUGGUUCAAGCGGAGCGAACCGUCGAAGGAGGUGUUUUCCGCUGUGCGAUGUCCGGUACUCUUGCUCGGCGGGACGCUCGACACGCAAGUCAGCGGUUCGGACGCCCUUCAGCAGUGGUACGAUCUGCUAGUCAGCGUACCGGAAGCCGACAAGCGCAUCGAGCGGAUCGUCGACGGCCCGCACCUCCUCGCGACGACCAAUCCGAACAUCGUCAACCGCUUCGCCCUCGCUUUCCUCAAGCGAUACAACCUCGCCUGA